AUGACAAAGUUCCCCGACAUUGACGAUUCUGGUUUGCGAACAAUGGAGACUAUAGUCUCCAUGGAGGAGCUAUCAUCAAAGCCACCCGAUGCCGACAAACACAGUUGUUGCGGUUGCUGCAAGAAGAAGAAGACUGAGUGUCCCAAACCUCCUGAUUCCCCGAUGCGAUAUGCAUGCGUGCGCAAGUGCACAGCGGUGACCUGUUCACUCCUGGGACUAUUGUUUGCUAUUGUGGUUUAUCUGUCCCUUGGCUCGGUCCUCUUUCGUUACCUUGAGCGUGAUGCUCAGCAGGCCAGGCUAGCGAAGGGAAUGCAAUUGCUGAACGAGACGUUUGAUAAAUAUAAUCUGCAAGGAAGGAGUAUACAGAGGAGAUCGAAUUACAAGGACACCAGGACUGUGGAGAAACACCUGGCCUCCUACUGCUUGGACCAACAAUUCGAGGCCGUCAUCGCGGAACUAAAUCGACUCGUAGCAAAGAAAACCGAUUUGAAAUCGCGUGUUGCAGAGGUGACUCAGUUGCGCGAACGGGCCGGCAAGGUGACAGUGUCCGAAAAUAGCACAGACGAGUUGGAACAGCUGGCUGAAGCAUUGAGUGUUUCACUGAGUGAGCAGAUAGAAACGUUCGCCCUCCUGCUUAACGAGCACAAGCAGGCGCCUUUGAGGUCGCGCAGAAUCCAAGACGUUGCUUCCGCGGCUGUUGUGCUGAACAACGUUUACAAAGCCGUACUCGCUGGCUGGCGGCCGUCGAACUCUCCGAAAAUAAAACUUUUUCCCUCAACCUCGAUACAGGAGGGUCCAAUGCCGAGGUCAUUUGGAGGAGAUACGGCGCUAACGCCUUCCGAGUUACCGCCACCAUUCGAUAAGCAUACUACAAGAACGGAUCCGUGGACGUACAGUGGAGCACUGUUCUAUGCAGUCACUGUAAUUACAACUAUUGGUGAGUGUACCCGGUUGUAAAAAAAACCAAAGCAUCCCAGUGAGUCUACUAAACACAACCAUCCUAGUACGGGGCUGGGGAAGUAUCCAGUAAAUUACUUUGGCAACAGUCAUUUUGCUUUGUGACAGUAUGUAUUUCCUUGAAUAAACCCGAUGUUUCUUCAAGUAAACGGAGAACACUAAUCAGUGACCAAUCUCAUGAAACGACAAUCACAAUUUCGUAAUGGAUCUCCGAUUAGGAAGAGCUACUUGAAUAAGGUUAUCAUACUGACUAUCAUAUGGUAUGAUCCCAAAAUAUUUCAUCAUGCCACGUGGCGGAUUCUUACUGCACUAUUUGGCUGCGUGCAAGGCAACGCACGGUGAUAAAUGUUCAUUUAAGUAGCAUGGCUUUUUGAAUUGACUUAAAGGCCUUUUCAAAUUCCAAAAUUAUUAAUGAAAAAUUCUGUCGAAAAUGUUCCUCUUGCACCCAUUUUCUGACAAAUCACGUCUGUUGCAAAUUGUUUGGCUAGAUCGCAGUUGGUAGCCAGGAAUGGGGAAGCGGACGGCGACCUUAAACCUAAUCCUAACCUGAACCCUAACCCUACCCUCAACCUUAAACGUUAACCGUUAACCUUAACAGCAACCCUAACCGAAAUCCUAAACCUGACCGUAGCCCUUAGACAUAGCCGUAACUGGAAAACCUAACCGUAAUACUGAUACCUAAUCGUACGCUCAAACCCUAACCGUAACCCGAAAACCUAAGUUUAAAGGCAUACCCCUAACCCGAAAAUCGGAAACCAUUAACCGGUACCCUAAUCCCAACCUCAGACGUAAAACCGAAGCCAAGUGGGUCAGAUGUGAUUAUGGAACCCCACAAAAUAGCCCCAGUAAGCAACCCAUCAGCCAUCUGUAAUACGGGGCCUGGCUACCAACUGCGAUCUAGCCGAUGUUGUCCAUUAACAAAUUGAGGAAUGUCAAGUCGGCGAACGUGCGUUUUCGAUUAUUCGUCGUCAGACCAGUACACUAAUAUAGAUCUAGACAGAGCAGUGAAAUUCGAGAAGUAAAACAGCUUACGAGCAGUAGUCAGAGCUUGGGGUAAAUGUGUUCAGAUUUGUAGGGCAGAGGGAUAAUUAAAGGCCAGUUUCUGUCAGUGAUACGGCAACCGCACCAUUGCACGUCGCGCUACAGCGACGAUGCAUAAGCGACAGUUCGACCGUCGAUUUCGACGAUGUCCACCGUGUGCCCCACAGACUGCAUUGUGGGAGCAGGGACGGUGACUUGCGCAGGGGUUUAUAGUGCCAGUAGACUUGCGCUGCAUCUACCUACACUCUCUCCUCCUCCCCCGCCUGGGCCCGGUGUCAAGACAGAGUCAAGAAGACCGGAGACGAGGGAGGCCGCAGGUGGAUGGCUCGGACGGAUGCUCGCCUUGGCGCUCCACUCCGCACCCCCUGGUCCACACACAAAUGACCAGGAUUUUGACCACAAAACAAUGGGGUGGUGGCAGUGGUCCCAGUUUGUGCGACGAAUGCCGACAACAGGGUCCGCCAGCGCACCCCGCAAAUGUUGGCAUUUGUUAUUGCGCACAGAUAACGCCUGCCAGAGUACGAUGUGGCCCCCGUGUUGUCCAGCGCAUCUAACACGUGGCCCGUUCAGAGGGCACAUAAGCACAACUGAGUCAGACUACCCUACCUCUUCCCGUAACACCGAUAGAAACUAGAAUAUACUCAUCCCGCUGCCUCACAAGUCUGAACACAUUUGCCCCACGUUAUGGAUAUUGUUCAUAAAAUUUUGUGUCGGAUGCAGACAGUGUUGCGUACUUCAUGAGAAGCAUUUUUAAACAUAUAAGUGCAAUGUUAUUCGAACAGAUAUUUCACGGUCUUUAAAAUUCUUAAUUACGGAACUUUUAAACAAAACUCACCCUUUAUUCAAAUAUUACCUUAAUGGAAGACAUGACCUGCUACCGAAUAAAUACCUAAUGCAAACUUUCAUUGAUUUUUUACAAAAUAUAUUAGAAUUCAGAAAGACACCGAAAUCGAAGAAAAAUUCAUGCGACAUAAGAAGUCAUUUUUUGCCGGGUGUGGUUUUUGCAAACGACCAAAAAGAACGGAAUCUGGCGCACUGGCGUGACUGAAAUUUCCUGGGAUGUUUAUGAGCACUAAUCAACCAUACGACACUAUCCAGGCGGAACUGUCUACAAUUCCAUAAUAUACUGAUUCUACUAAGCAAUGUCCCAGCCGUAUAGGAUGGUUUUGCUCACACCUCAUACGUAAUAUUGACUGCCACCUACCAAUUUUGAAGCCCAUUUUAGUUAUUCUGCUCAUGAAAACAUAUCAUUCACUUCGCAAUGCCUAUUGGCUGUCAAGACAAAAAUUAAAAAUCAAUGGCAACUAAUAACAUCCGUAUAGGCAUAGCCAUUUAUUUGAUAUGAAAGGGGCCAACUACACAUUCAGUCAGAAAUGGCCUCCACCUGUCCAUUAGCUUUCUGCAAUAACCAAACCCAUAUGAGCGACAGAGUUCAGAAAACUCGACCACCUGCCGGACCUAACUCUGUCAAGCCCUGGUAGAAAAUGUGCAGUAACAGAGAAAGCCUUGUGAAGGGGCACUGAACUUCGGUCCAGUGAAAUGCUUAUGGCUCCCCUGCUGUACCUCGUCUGUGGACUAUCUGCUCCAUAGUUUGCUCAAUAUGUUCUUUGACGAAAACAAUCAACAGGACAGAAAAACAGUAGCUUGGCAAAUUUUUUGAAUUAAAUUAGCCUACAUUGUGUGGUCGUGUGUCCAUGAUUUGUCAAAAAAACUGGAGGCUUCGAUUAACUUACGAUUUUAGGGCGUUUAAACGCAACACAGUGAGAGAACUAGCCCGAUAAUUUCUACGCUUUUCUUCCCCUGUGGGUGUGUGUCUUUAAUCCACCUUACUUGAAAAGGAGCAUACAGUCAAGACUGUCUGGUACCUUAGGAAGUGUUGUUACGUAUGCAGUUUCUAGGACCGAAUUCUACCACUCAUACUGGAAUAUAGAUUAGCAGUUUGCGGCAUAAGGCAUACCGAUUGAGCGAUACCCUGUGCCAGAGCGGGCUGAGAGUGAGAUAUGCAGUCUUCUUUGGCCAAAGUCUUGGAAAUUGUCUGGGUUCCUGUAACAUUUAACCGAAUUUCUGUGGAAGUGGCCAAAAGCCAGACAGCCAAGUGAUCCUUCCUUUGCCAUUCACGCUCCUUUCAGCUGCCGCUGAUUUAUGUGGUCUUCAGUCUGACCCAUCAUCUUGGCCGCGCCAAAAGCAAGGUCCUCCUGCCUUUCAACCUAACCACUACAUGUGUUUUUGAUUUUCUCUAACCCCUAUCUGCAUCUCUUAUGCAGUACCUUCUAAGCAGUCUCGUACCACAAAACUUCACUGAGAUUGGCAAUCAACGACUGAUCCUUUAGGUUAAGGAAUUAGGUCCUUGGAGAGUUCCCACUGCUGGCAGCGUUGGCGGGGGAUGAAGGCAUUAUUCCUAUAUAGGGUAGCGCUAUGAAUCGAGCUAGGAAUUCUGAGGCGUUGUUUACGUACCGACUACUCUGUCAUGAACUAGGGGUUGGUGCAAGGGACAGGGCUCCGGAGAGAAUUUGGCUGUUCCGCGUUUGUAUGCGCAUGUGCCGUCAGUAGCUACCCCUUUUCAAUAAAACUACCAAAGAAUAUGCGGCCGGUCGGCAUGUUAGGGUACUGGCCGUCGAAAAAACGUCAAGUUAGUUUUGGAUUAGAACAGCCACGGCGCAGAAAAAUCUGUGGAGUCAAUCAUUGUGCUUAUAUGAGGGCGGGCAAGUUAUGUAACAUUGCUCAUUACAGCCAACCAUCGAGCAAUUUAAAGACCAUGUAAGUUCAAAGUUCCCCUGCCAAAUUAUAUGCUUCUCCGUGAAACCGGGAACCAAGCAAAAAUGAGUCAUUGUAAACGUGAUACUGAUGAUGAGAUGAUUCAGUUACGCAUCGUUUGUUUUGUCUGAUGUGGAGGACACCCGUGUAGCAUGCAGCUGGUUCUUAAACCCGGAAUCGAAUUCGCUUGCCUAACUUUCCACUUUCCACUGGAACAUGGCAGAAGUAGUGAGUGAAGAUAAAGUGGGGUGGGAAAAAGACUCUGCGGCAGUUCUCUUCCUUCUGGUCCAUCCUGCAUGUAAACCGAAAGCGGCCGCAAUCGGCAACAGUCCUCGUUCGCCAUGAUACGCUAAUUGCGAUUGUGGCCUUGUCUGAAAAGAAUUAGUCACAAUAAAUUAGUUCCCGACAGAGGAGAAUUCAGUGACCUCGGUGGGAUUCGAACCCCCGACAGUGAAGCAAAGGUUUGAGUACAGCCAACGCUCUAAGUACCUGAGUUACAUGGUCUCACCGAGAGACGUGGCUUUAAUCGCAUUUGGAUCAAGGUACCCUCUCAGUCUCUUUCGACGUAUGGAAUCCAUCAAUUCUGAUAUAGUAAGAUGACUGCCCAAGCAGUAUUUGCUAAUUAAUCAAUGUAGAAUCCAUCAGAUUGCUACCCAGUCCACUUAGUUAAUAUGUGUUUUGCCAAAACGUUGCCUGUACCUAGGUCUUCCCCUUUAUGUCUUGAAUUCGAAUCCCACCAAGUUCGCCGAGCUUUUCACAAUCGUGUCAAUAUGGACUUUUCGAAAUCUGUCAAAACACCUACAGUACCUGUGCUAACUCAUGAAAUCUCAUGAAUUAACACAGGUAAACGACUUUAACGCAGAAUCGGUAAACACUACGGCUCCCAAAGUCUGACAGCGAAAAAUAAAAAAUGUGUCAAAGAAAUAAAGUAGAGUUUGGUUUAGAAAAUAUUGUUUACUGAGAUAAAAAUAAAUAAUUUUCGACAGAAGUCACAUUUUCGAGAAACGCCUUUAUUACAACCAAGUUAAUAAAGGCUAGGUAUGAGGGCGUAUAAAGGAGGAAGGCGCAUAAAAAAGCCUGAACCCGGUAGUCAUCUGGUGGAUUCUAUGUGGAUUGCUAAGGAAAUCCUGCCUGGAUGGUCAGUUUACUGUAUCAGAUUUGGUGGAUGCAAGAGUUUACAGUAGGCUGGGCGAGUAACCUGAGCCAAAUGUGAUUAAACUCACGUCUUUCAGUGGUGCCUCAUAUUUCAGGUGGUUAGAGCGCUGGCUGUACUCAAGCUUUCCCCUCACUGUUGGGGCUUCGAAUCCCACCAGCGUCUUUGAGUUUUCACAGUUGGGUUAAAAUAAAUCAUUUAGAAUCCUCCAAAACACCUAUAAAUUAUUAAGCCUAUGAUUUGACAGGUCAUAUUUUUGAUGAGUUCCAGACCACUUUUGUUCACACGCAUCCACUCUACCGGUAUAUGUUUAAAGACAGAUGCCGCAUAAAUGGCCUAAAAUUGCAGCCACUGACGUCGAAACCCCUGUCACCUUAUUUAUUACUUCAUAAAUCUCGCCUGAAUGAAUCAGCCAGCUUCCAAUUAUGAAAAAGUGACACCGCAAUGUGUAAACAAAUAUGUCUGGUUAGUGCAAUUAAGCAAAUUAUUAGAUUUUCCUGGAGUACAGAUUUCUAAAUAAACUGCGAUCUAGGAAUCGCCUGACCAGCGUAAUCUACCAUAAUUACACAAAUAUGUCUAGACAGCAUUAUGCUGGUUUGGGCAAACAGGCUUAUUUUGCUAAUAACUUUGAUCAGCGAUUAAUCUCGGUUUUUGCUGCAGUUGGAAGAAUUAGUCCCCUGCUAAGCCUGCAAAUUGGCCAUUUCCGGACCAUUUUAAAGGGGAAAACUUGCUGAUGCAGUCCCAUUUUUUAUUACAAAUCACUGCAGAGUAGUUUUGGUAACGUAGUUUUGUUCCUCCACAGAGUUUGUGAAAAACCCAUGUUAUUAUUAGGCGAUUUACUUCGUGUUGUUUCGUUUUAAAUGUUUUGCUAGAUACUGCUUUCCGGUAACCAAAAGUGGCAAAACAUGUACUAUGAAGUACCUGAACGAAGGUUGUCAAAUUUAGCUUAUGACAUUUUGCUGUAGCGUUAACAUUAGAGUUUUUUAUUGAGGGCACGGUGAAAAUUUCGUGCCAAAAAAGCCGUUUCUAGAAACGUCGUUUUGUUUUGCCUUGAAAAAAUUGCCGCUGAGAUUCAUGGUUUCCUCGGAAAAGUCAAUGGUGAACAGGCUUUCUCUGAAGGAAUAUGUAGGAAGUAUUCUGAAUCCUCUAAAGCUCGCAAACGUUCCGGACGGUAAGAAAAAUUUGAAUACAAAUGAUAGGAAAGCGUUAAUCCACCAAGAUUCAUAUCAAACGCUUGCCGAAAUGUCAUAUUUGAUACAUUUGGAUUUGAUUCAUCUACUUUUUGGUAAGGAUUUACAUGCUAGCAUGAAAACAAGAAUUUGAGUACCGCAUGAAUCGGCUGACAACGAGAAAAGUAUAAAAGCCUACCGGAAAUAUUUCUUUCAGGGCGUGAUUGACAAUGACAAACGGAUCUGUUACGAUAGUCUUAAAUGUAAAGUUUCCGGACGCUGCCUGGUCAACUAUCGGCAUAAAUCCCAAAGGCAAAUAUUUAUGGGAGGAAAAUGAUGUUGUAUAUCUAUCGGAACCAACGAGGGGUAGUGCAUUACUUGUCGCCGAGGCCUUCUGAAACUCCGGGCGAUAUCAACGACAGUUUAUGAAUUUCCGUCCAAAAACGUCAAUAAAAUGGACAGAAUAUGGUGAACAAUGUGAUGUGAUUUUGCCACAUGAAAACGCUAGACCCCAUUUUACACAGCCAGUGAGGGAAACUUUGAGAGCAUAUCGUUAUUAAGUCCUACCCCAUCCGUCCAAUUCACCAGGCAUUGUUUCGUCACAUUAUCAUUUGUUUCGGUUGAUGCAACACAGUCUUACCGUCCAGCGAUUCAAGUCCUGUGAGAAAAUCAAAAAUUGGCACGAUCAUUGGAUUGCUCCAAAAUUCCAUCCUUUUUUCCUCCGCGAAAUCCACUUGCUCCUAAAAGAUGGGAAAAGGUUAUAACUGCCAAACGGACAGCAUUCUGAAUAUGCUAUAAUAUUUAGCCAUCUUUAAGUAAAUAUUAUUCUCUUGCAAAUAAACGGCACGGACCAAUUCCCACUUCCAGUGUAAUCUAUGCUGGCAACAUCUUUUAAAUCAGCUGUACUGACCGCACACGUAUUUAUUAGUUCAUCCUUCAUGCAAAGACUUCGGCUCCUGGUUCAGAAAAGUUUUAACUCUUCACAGUUUCAUUACGGUGACACGAUUAAUCACUACAACGCCUUGUGUUUAUGAAAAACCCUUAGUAGUUUGAAUCAGGACAACCACUUUCUGACAUCUCAGUUUUUCUUAAUCACGGAAGUGAAACAUAUGGGCAGUAUUUUACUACCGAGAAAGGCAAGGGAGACCGGAGUGACCAUUCCUGGUUUAUUAGCCGUCGUCAGUCAGUCAUACCCAACCCCGAAGUGUGGAACACCCGAAGUUCGAACUCACGGCCUGUCGUUUAAAGUCCACGCCCUUAACCACUGAGCCACGGGCCCGUUUUGCUGUCGGUUUCGAUCGGGAAUAUACAAUGGUAGGGGGCACUCACCGAUCAUUCUUCCGGAACUCACUUGUUCCUUUGUGCCUCACGGACUCCCUCUCUCGAGUCCAACCAGCAGCCGCACAGUUGCGCAUGACACAGGCAGUAACUAACAGGUCGCGAGUUCGAGCCUCGGGUAUUCAAAACUUUGGAGUUGGGUAUGACUGGCUGGCGACGGCUAGUAAGCUAGAAAUGGCCAUUCUAGUCUCCCUUGUCUUUAUUGGUAAUGCCAUUCUGCCUAUAUCAUGCGCCGCUGUGCGGCUGCUGGUUGAGCUCGAGAGAGGGAGAGAGCCCGUAAGGCACAACGGAACGAGUGAGAUCUGUAGAAACGCUCGGUGAGCGCCCCCUACCAGUGAAACAUUUAUACAUUUUUCCAACGCAUGGGAACGAAGUAUGCAGUUAGUUGGCAAGUCUCUUUUAAAUCAUAUGCAGUUGUUUUAUGCCCCAAAAUUGCCUUUCCAUUAUUUCAGGAUACGGCCAAAUCGUUCCAACCACUACCUUGGGAAAGGUGUGCACGAUCAUCUACGGCUUCUUUGGGAUUCCGCUAAUGCUGCUAUUUCUGGCCAACCUAGGCAGCCUUAUGGCAGAUUUCUUCCGCCUCGGCUACUUUCACCUAUGCCGCUGCGGUAGAGAUAAGGGGGGACAAGUUCCGGCUCAGAAACCCCUACCAAAAACUCCUCUGGCCAAGGCCUCGCAGGCCGAGAGGGCCCGCCAUGCUUCCGCCGGCCAGGUGGUGGACGGCAAGUCGAGACAGGGUCGCAAGACCACAAUCAUGGCCUCCGCAGCACUGCGCGCCGGGUCGUCAUCGCCGGCUCUCCGUGAUCGACCCGGCCGCACCCACAUGACACCACCAGCUACCCGGGCCCUGCAUCAUCUCGUGCAAAAACCCUCCCUGCCCGGGAUCACUGACAGCCUCUUUGUAUCUCUGAUGGGCACCAAUUCAAUCUUCGCGCGGGCUGCCCGCGCCCGUCAACGCAGUCGAACAGUUCGUGUACCCAUCUUGAUCACCCUCUUCAUAUUCUUUGUCUACCUCUUCACCGGAGCGGUCAUCUUCUCGCAUUGGGAGAACUGGUCAUUCACGGAUGCCACCUACUUUGUCUUUGUGACUAUCUCGACCAUUGGCUUCGGUGACCUAAUUCCCGGUAUGGAGGAUUUCGAUUUUGGUAGACAAACACAGAAAUUUUUGGCGGCUAUCACCUACCUCCUCCUCGGGCUGGCCCUCGUCUGCAUGUGCUUCGAUCUGAUGCAGCGAGAGUUGAAGCGAAAGUCCAAGAAGUUGGCCCAGCGUAUCGGCUUACUUGACAGCCAGUAG